GCAAAUAUAUAAUCACAUCCUAUAAUCAUUGUUUGUCAAACCCAUCACCAUCCUGUGACUGACAUCAUUAAUCUUCUAGCAAAACACCUAUUCUCCAAUCACAAAUGGGACACCUCAAUCCUUUUCAAAUGACACUGGUGAUUAUGAUGCUAUUAUCAGCCACAUUAGUAAUUAAUUUGGUCACUGUCACAGGGCAGAUUAGCACACCCUGCACAACCUCUAUGAUCACCAAUUUCACACCCUGCGCCAACUACAUCACUGGAAGCACCAACAACAAUGGCUUAGUGCCAUCAGCUACUUGCUGUGAUGCGUUCAAGUCUUUGAUGGGCACUAACAUGCAGUGUGCUUGCCUGCUUGUAACAGCCAAUGUUCCAUUGCCACUACCAAUUAAUAGAGCUCUUGCACUCUUCCUUCCACAAGCGUGUAACGUUAAUGGAAUGCCUUCACAGUGUAAAGCCUCGGGUUCUCCUUUACCUGCUCCAGGUGAUUCAUUUAUUCAAUUAAUUGCUUUGGUCCCGCUAUGCUUGUACCAAAGGACCCAACUAUUCCACCAAGUGCUGCUGCUCCCUCAAGCCCACAAGUUUCUAAAACCGCUGCCAUAGCUGAAGUUCGCAAAUUAGAACAUGUAUUGGCACCAGCACCGUUACCAGCAAAAUUAACACCAAUGAAGCAUAAUCGCCCAAGAAAAGUCCAGAUUUCAACCAGUACUCUUGAGCCAAUAUUUAACAUAUACUGAAAUGUAUCAUUAUUAAUGUGAAAUUUUGAAUUCUGUCUUUGGGACCCGAUCAUGAAUAAAUGGAUAAUCCUGUUUGUGCUUA